AUGUGGAAAGUUUGGGUGGCGAUCCUGUCGGUCGCCUGCCUGGUCGAUGCUCAAAUACGAUGUAAAAAUAUGGAAGGAGAAGAUGUUGACUGGUUUGUCGCAUUGAAAUUACCAGCUUCCAUUGAUCAAAAGAAGGGGCGUAGCUUCGCCUACUUCGAUUCUACCCAAAGUGGAUGGAUCAUGAGCGAGCAACCAAUAAACAGUACUGAAUCCGCGAUCGGUGCCACCGUCAACCAACUGUAUACUACCGACGACAAAACAACUUUUAAAAUCACCUACAAUGACGAAUGCCCAAAUCAAAAGCCGAACAGUGGACGUGGUCACAGCAAAGGUGUUGCUGUUUUCUCAAUCGAUAGCGGAUUUUGGCUGAUUCAUAGUGUGCCGAAAUUUCCCCCUAGUAUAAGGGAUACGGUACCCAAAUAUCCAUUGAAAAUAGGCACAGUAGGUACAAACAUGGUCAAAAAUCACGAAUGA